CUCUAUGAUUCCCUGAUACAAUUCAGUUGUCAAAUGCAGAAAACUAUGCACAUUUGUUGUCUCAAGUUGUGUAUUUAGUAUUUGUGUGGAUAUACUCAGUGAUAAAAUGGAAGUAUUUCAAACCGACAAUCACUACAUCAUUCUUGACGGGGAAUUUAGUCUCUGGUGCAGUAGAAGACAUGGCACUCUUGAACCUAAGACAGGGAAUGAUUUGUGUUCAGCCUGGAACCCAGUAUGUAUAGGUUUGGUGUAUGGUGUUAUUGGAAAGAUCAAGAUUCAUUCUGAGUCUGAGUGGAAGUUAUUGUUGAUCAGCAAACAGACAUGUGUUGGCAAGCUGGAAGGUGAACAUGAUGUAUUUCAGAUUAACAAGAUCACUGUCCUGUCAUUAUCAGACACGGAACCUGCCGAGGUUGAUCUUGAUCUUUGUAAGAUGCAUCACUUUGGAAUUCGUCAGACAGAUCGUAUCACACAAAAUGCCGACGGUCAAGGGAAGUCACUCCAGAAGACUUGGAACACGAUCAAAUCUGCUGCUGAGAAUGUAAAACCUAAGAAGAAAGUGGUCAAAGACAAAGAAAAGUUUGAGAGACGAAUAUUAGAGGAGCUGAUCAAGAUGUACAAUGAAAGUAACACUUUCUAUUACUGUAAGACACAUGAUCUGACCAAUACAAUACAGCGUCAGUCCUCGUCAAGUUACGAUAGUACCCUGCAACUGUGGCAGAGAUGUGAUAGACGAUUCUUCUGGAAUCUUCACAUGGUGAAGGAACUGACAGAUCUAACACAGCAAGAUAAUGAUACGCUUGAACUUGCCAGCCAUUGGAUCCUUCCAGUUGUUCAAGGUUGUAUAGAUAUCCAGUCAUGUGUUCUAGACUUCAAUGAGUCAAGUAAAGAUCUAAGCCCAGUCAUGCCAAAACCAGCCAAAGACCCCAUCUCAUAUACUAUGAUUCUCAUAUCUAGGAGGAGCAGACAUAGGGCUGGUACAAGAUCAAAAAGAAGGGGUCUUGAUGAAACAGGAGCUUGUGCUAAUUAUGUAGAAACAGAACAGAUUAUAGAAUUCAGUCAUCACCGUGUGUCUUUCGUUCAGGUACGAGGAUCAAUACCAGUAUUCUGGAGUCAAACUGGAGUGAAAUACAGGCCGCCACCAAAAUUAGAUAAAGGACUAAUUUGGUACAUUUGAUGGAAUCUGCUGUAAGGGGAACAAAAAUGCACCAAACGCAUUCAAUACGGUAAAUUGCUCAAUGCUUAUGAAGAAACAGUUGAAGAGAUCUAUGGUAAAAUGAGAACGAUAUAUAUAAUGAAUCGUUUGAUGAAAAAACUUAAUAGUUAUUGUUGGUUGAAAGUUUUGCCAAUAAUACACUGCAAAUGACAAGGAAGUACCACUUAUCCAAUCACACAGACAACGUUACAAAGAUGAACAAAUGUUUUCUGAUUGGUUUCAAUGAACAUUUUGAAUGUUCUUAAUCCACCAUAACAAAUAUAGACGAAUAUUAAUAAGAAGAAAAGGAAUUAAAAGAACAACAAAUACAGUUACAGCAAAAACAAUGGCAACAAGAAGACAGAGUACUGUAUUAAAAUAAUUGAAUUAUUCAAAGAAAAAUAGAAAGACUGAAAUUGUAUUAGAUUUCAUGUCAUGCAGGGACAUUCAUUACCAACAUGUAAAGUUAUUUUAAAUAAAAAAGAUUUUAAGUCAUUUUUUAAUAAAUGGGGUUCUAAAUGAUUUGAUAAAAGUAAAAAAUUUGCCACUUCUGUGCAUUGUAAAAACAUUAAAGUUAUUUCAAUAGAUAGUAUAAAUAAUAUACACUUUUUCCAGUUUAACUACUAAACCAGUCAUCAAAAGAGAAAUUCUUUGAAGUGACAGUCAUGGUCUCUGAAUGUCUACAAACGAUAUCAUAUUUAUUACAGUGUGAAGCUAAGUUGUGUCUGACAGUGGUAAUUAGCACCAGGGGAAUUCUUGGAGACUGUCUGAUUUAAAUCUCGACGUGGUUAUAACUGCAGGAUCUAAAACCCCUUUCAGAAGGACAACACACCAUGAGGGAAUUCGGACAGACAUCGAAAUGCAAGAGGAAUAAUGGUUAUAAUAACUCUCAAUGAGACUUGAAAAAGAUGUUUUUUUCUGAUUAGAGUCUAUACACUUAUAAAACAAGUGAUAAAGAAUGGAAUAUAAUUUUGUUGGUGUGAACUGUUUGAAGCAUGUUUAAUUUUGCAUGACAUAUAUUUUUAUUAUAAUGCUUAUAUUGCGAUUCUGCAUGUUUAAAUGCAUUGCACAAUUUAGUGUUCAUGAUUUGUUAUGUCUUCGUCUUGUUUUCGCUUUUUAGUGUACACCAGUUUUCAUUUUCCUCUGCACGUAACCUGUUUAACUUAAUUUACCCUUAUUUCCUUAUUAGCAUUUUUUUAUUGAGUUCAUAAUUAGUUUUAAUGGUUCUUCAUAUUAAUAUGUAUGAACAUUAAAUGUUUUAGCAUAACUAUAAAACAACUAACAUGCUUAUCACAUCAUUAUAAAUAUGUAUCUUGUAAAUAUUCAUAGCGGAAGGAUAACCAUUGAUACAUUACACAGUCAUGCAAUCCCUAGACCUGUUUAAGAGAAUAAAUAUUGACCAUCAAAUAUGAAAACAGAUGUUUUAUAUAGAUUAUUCAUUUCUGAAUGAUUUAAAAAUUGUUUCAUGUUUUUGAUGUAUGUGCAGGGUCUGUUAAAUAUAAUUUAUCACAUAGCUCAUACUUAAAUCGUUAUGAAUUUGUUACAAACAUACGUAUGCGCAUAAAAAAUUUGUAGAAAGUCAAAUAUAACUGGGUGUUAAUCUGAUAGCUUAAUUUUCAGGUUCAUUUCCUUGACAAUAGAUUCAGUGAUUUAAAUGAAACUUUUAUAAUUAGAUAUAUUUAAAGACGUUUACAGAAAUAUAAAUGUUAACGUUAUACAAUCAAGUAGCUAAGAGCUGUAACCCUAUUUCAAAAAUAUGUUGCUACUUUGGUGGAAGAUGAUGUUUUAGAUCAAUCAGUUAUAAAGAAACCAUUGCUGAAACCCAGAGACCCUUUACAAUGUUGUUGGAAAUAAAACCAUGAACAGUUUAAGGAAAUAAUAUUCAAAUAUGCAUUGCUUGUAUUAACAGUAAAGAUUGUGCCAUUGUACAGAAUUGACAUUAAAAUAUAGAUCCAUUUACGAAAAUUUAAGAUAUAAGGUCACAGAAAAAACUGUGUCAGAUAUCGUAUAAAUGGAAAUCCAUCUUAUAAACUACUGAUUAACUGCUGUCAGUACUCUCUGACAUUCAAUCAGAUAAAACGUUGUUAAUAUUAUUUAUGACUUUAUUUAUCGUAACUUGUCAUGUAAACAUCCAUAACAGCGGCUCACAUGAGCAGCAACACCAGUAAAUUCGGGCAUAAAUAUUAACAAGUCGUUUUAAUCUUGCUCACGUGCUUUUACGAAUGCAUUUUAACUGAUAGAAAUUAGUAUUUAAGAUAUCGCUUUAGAUCACGCAUGCAAACGUAAAUAAAAUAAUUUAAAAAAUUUUCAUUAUGUAUUUUACAAAUAUUAAUCAAUGGAAUGGCUGCAACUGUAAUCAUGCUUAAGUAGAUUAGAAAUACAAUAAAAUAAUGAUAGCAUAUUUGUCUAUUAUUUGAUCAUUCACACAAGUGUAACCCAAGACCGCCAGAUGUUCCAAAACUAAUUAUAUGUUAGUAAAUUAGUAAGAGACAAGAUGACGACAUUUUCUUUUAUAUUGUCCAUUUACUAUUCUUUUUUGUCGGCAAUGAUGUCAUUAUCACGUCAUUCAAAAAUACUCUUUAGCGUAAUGCAAACUUUAAGCAUGCCAACAAGAUUUCACAUUUUGGCUUAUACUUCAAUAGCUCAACGACAUAAUUUCCGUCUUUCAAGGCGGAUGCACCUAGAAAUCGAUGCUGAAUUUAAAAAUUACUCUUUGGACAUUAUGAAAACAAAGGCUAAGAAGAGUUUGAACAUUCUGAUAAAACUUUGAUAUUACUUGUUAUACUCGGUAUGCAUAACAUAACAAAUAAUUCAACUAUAAUUCCAUAUUUUCAUAUUCCAUUAUUGUAUUAGUAUUAUUGUAGAGUGUUGAGUUUAUGCGUAUUUUGCAUUGUAAAGACCUACGAUACAUUAUUUGGUUAACAGCAUUGCUUUUUUUCCUUAUUAUCAAGUUUGUUAAUUUUCUUUAUUUAUUUUAAGUAUUUAAGUAUGAUCUGUUCUUCGAUGCUUCGAAAAAAAAGCCCUUGACAAAGUAGCUGGUGGAUUGACCGUUUUUCAUUUGUUGAUGAUGUAUUGAGGUCGGGAGUUCAAAAUCAUUGGUCUGUCAAAAUCUAAUCGAAACAUUCAUUGUGCGUUGCAAAUUAAGAUACAAAAGAUAAUAACUUAUAUAUUCUGACAAGAAACACUCGUUUUCUUCAAGACAGUUUCCUUUCGACCUGUCCAGUGCCUUUUCUUUUUUGCUGAAAAAUAGUUUCAUAAACAUAUAAUAAUGUAUAUUGCAUUGAUACACCUUAAAACAAAAUAAAUAAAUAAAUGAGUUUUUUAAAGCUCUUUUGUAAUAACAUCCAAAGUAAUAAUGCUAUGUUCUUCGAAAAGUAAGGUUUUUUCACAAUGAACACCCGUAGCCUAGUUUUCCUUUCAAUUCUACAACAAACAUGAAUUUAAUUAAAGCGAUGUCUACCAUAAAGAAACACACGCUGUUGCCUUCGGAAAUGAUGUCAUAAAUUGUAAUCAUAAUCGAAUUAAUCCUCCCAGAAGUGGGUUGACUGCUGAGAGUUUUAGGUUGGUUCCCUUCUUCCCUUAAUGCAUAUGUUAGGUUAUUUACAGGUUAAUGAUGACAUUUUUAUCCCUAUGUUCCAAAUUGUAAUUUGUGGAAUUUCUUAUUGCUCCAUUAAAUACCUCGUCACUUGUCCUUACAAUUUAUAUCUUCACCUUAUUGGCAUGUUUAUGUCAUACAUUUCUUUCAUGUUCUCAUUAAUAUUUCUAUGAUUUAUUGUUGUUAUUAUUAUUAUUCACAGUAAUAGAAAUGGACACCCCCGUCUUGCUCUGCCCUUGGUGUCCUCUCUAGUUUUUAUUUGGUCACCAUACAAUACAUACAUAUACUUUGUGGCUCGGUUUUGUUGGGAGAUGUGUUCAGUGAACGUCUUCUCAUUAUGAAACAUAUUCCAUUAUUUGUAUAUGCUGAAAUGUGUUUAUUAUAUCUCUUUCAUGGGACAGUUAAACAAUUCUCCGACAAGAAAGCUGUCAAAAUGAUGUCCUUCAUCGUUUUUACUGAGGUCGAGAGUUCAUUGCCAUUUCUUUUGUCAAGUAGUAAUAGAAGUAUUGUUUAUUUAUUUCCAAAUGAAUAUCUGUAUAUUUACUGUAUAUUCAUAAAAACCCGAAUAAACAACCAGAUAAACUGGAACAAUUUUCUUGCAUUGAUCCUUAUAUGGUAGAAAGACAUGCUCACAUUUUAUUCCUUUUAUUAAAGUACACUUAUUUGACUUAUCCCUUUUUAGAUCUAUAGAUAAACAAGUUAUAUGACAACUACAUAUAAUGAGCAAAAAAGGAGGAAAGAUAAAUAAUAUGAUAAAAGAACAACAAUCAAAACGCCAAAAAGAAAAUUCUUUAAAAAACAAAACAAAACACACAACUACAUGCCACUAUAAGAAUGAUUAAUGGCGCUUCGUUUUGACAGUAUAGAAGAUAAACGAACGGCGACUCUAACUAAUGACUUGUGAUUACCUUGACGAACAAUCAGUCCUCCCCAAUUCACAUUUUCCUGUUAAACAUCAAAGCACUGCAUCAGUUGAUCAGUCUGCAUUUAAUGUGAUAAUAAAUUUUCUUUGGACAUUAAUAAACAACUAAAAAAUAUUAAAGCAGAACGGUAUGAGCCACAGACUUAAUGUCUAAAUGAAACUGUUCAGAUGAAUUGAUUACUUACUUUACAUACAAAGGGUACAUAUUUGGCUUUAUUAUUUGUAUGUUGAAUAAUGUAAAUCUAGCAUGGUUCAAAACAGUUCAAUUGCUUUAUAAGUAUGGCAUUCUAUUUAUAGUUUUAUUAGAAAUUCGGUUUAUUAUUUUUUUAAUACUCUUGUGUUAUGGAAAAUAUUUUGAUAGUAUUCUAAACUUUAAAAGUUAAAAGUUUCACUGAAUGUUUCAAGAAUAACUUGUUUACAGUACUCAUAUAUUUUCUGUUACAGGGGAUUCCCAGUUCGCUCAUGAAUGUAUUUAAUAUUCUUUCUUAAUCGGCGGACUUUAUUUAUUUGUAAAGAUAGAUUAUUGAUUUUUGUCUAUUCCGAAAUGGUAGUAUGAAAUCUUUCAUUUUUGCCAUUUUCAUAAUUAAAAAGGGUAGUGAGAGUGAAGUGUUUUAAUACUUGGAAUGCAUUUUUGCAUGUUUUUAAUCUUUCCUGUAUCUUUGAAUGCAUGUGUCUGAUACUUUCAAUGACACAUUAUUAUAAAUUAUGAACCAUUUAAUAUCGAAUAUUUUAAACUUUGUUUUUUUUUACCAUAAACACAUGUAAGUGUACUUUUGUUGGCACGUCAUUUGUGCCCAUUCCUAUUCAUAAAUCACCCUUUUAAAAACAUUGAUUUAAUUAUGUUGGUUAUUAUCCUUCUUCUUCUUCUUCUUCUUAUUAUUAUUAUUAUUAUAACACGAUACCUAAAAGGUUUACUUCGUUUUUCUUAACAUGUGUAUAGAAAGAUGCAUGUCGUGAUUAUUAUUCAUUAACGAUGCUUUUUAUAUAAUUGCAUGUAUCCAGUUAAAAAUGGAAACAUUGUUUCCAAUUAUUGUUGAAUUCAAUGCUUUUAAAAAUCGUCAAAUAAUACGUUUUUGUCAUACUAGUAAUGUGUUAAGUAUUAAGUGACUUUUUUAUUAAAUUUUAUUACUUAAUUAGAAUUGUUGCUUUCCUUCGGUUGUUUUUGAAUUG